CUCCAGCUGAGUCAAUUAACAUGCAGCCUCAGAUAAAACCCACCUGGACCUCAGCUGACACUCACAGGGCCAGGGAAACAAUGGAGAAAGCUAUCGUCAUUACAGAUAUGAAAAGCUUCGAGUGUUCAUCUCCAUCGGAGCUUGACAGGAAGUUCUUUGGUGAACAGAGUUUGAUGUCGUCUUUGUCGCUGGAGCAGCUGUCCACGUCAAGGGCAUCAAAUGAAACGUUAGCUGAUGGAUCUGACCCCAGGCUGUCGAGCCUGGCUUUUCUCUGCCUGUCAUCAGACCCCAUUUCUCCCACUGUCACAAUUGCAGUGAACAACCUGAAUACUCAAGAGAAGGACAACUGUCACCUGGCCGUUCCUUUACAGGGAAAGUCCUCCACUCCCUACGUGCUCCUUCAGAAGCGACAAAAAGCUGCUUUGUUUGACCAGUCGUUCAGUGAUCUCGCUGCCUCUCAAAUGUCAUGGGAUGUGUCUCUGAUUAAAUCAGAGAGCAACAGCCCAAAACCUUGCAUUGAGUCCAGCACUCUGGAGUCAACAUGGAGUCCGAAACCUCCGUCUACACAACCUUCGCUGGCUGAAGUUUCCCCCUGAUUACGUCCACCCUAACACACGGAAAAUUGGGAUGUUUGAAAGUAAAGAUUGUUGUCUCUGGCUGUACCUUGUCUUCCUCUGCACCCACCAUGGAGCCAAGAUGACGCAGUGUGAAUCUUAAACGUACUGGACGAUAUAAAGGUACAAUGUUCAACAACAGUUGUUAAAGAUUCCUCAUUGUAUGCGUUGGCAACAUCAAUUCAUCUUGUUUUAUCACACGAUCCAUGUGGAGCUGUCUGUCUACAACAAUGUUUUUAAAGAUUUGAAUAUUUAAAUAAAAGUGACAACUUUA